AUGCCGGAAAUCUUGAAUGCUAUGGAAAUGGAGGCACCGUCGGAGAUUGUGGACAUCUCAGAUGGCGCCGCACAGGAAGGUGUUUCCCCUGCCAUAAAGUUCAUCAAGUUCACAGAUCCCUCAACCAAUACUAACAACAAUACCAACAACGUUAACAAUAAUAACAACAACAAUAACAACACCAACAACAAUACUGAAGUGGAAACAGAACUUGGCCCGGGCGAACUUCAGCUUCAACAACUUCACCAACAGCAACUGCAAUCGCUUCAACUUCAACAACAACAACACCAAUUGUCACCACAUUUUGUCACCAUUCCCCUGCUGGAGCGUCGCCGCCGCAGCCGCAGUCACAGCCACUGCCGCAUCGCACCCCUGGCGCCCAUCAUUUGCAUCCAGAACGGAUCCCAUCCUGAGGAGCUCGUCCAGCUGUCGCGGUCGCGUUCCUGCUUUCUGCGCGUUCGCAAGAGCUUCGCCAAACUUUUUGGCAAAAUCAUGGGCAGCAAUAAUCCCAGCGAAGCGGAUCGAUAUGACUAUUAUGACUGUGAGUAA